AUGGACCUGGCCAAUGGGACGGCGGUCAGGGAGUUCCUGCUGCUGGGCUUCCCGGGCGCGCGGGCUGCGCCGGCGCUGUUCACGCUGUUCCUGGCGGUGUACCUGCUCUCCCUCCUGGGGAACACCCUCAUCAUCUUCAUCGUCCUGGUGGAGCCCACGCUGCAGACACCCAGGUACGUUUUCCUGGGGAACCUGUCCUUCCUGGAGAUCUGGUACACCACGGCCACGGUGCCUAAGCUGCUGGCCACCUGCCUGUCGAAGGGCGCGGCCAUCUCUGUUUCCGGCUGCAUCGUCCAGUACUACUUCUUCUUCUCCAUGGGGGCCACCGAGUGCAUCCUGCUGGCGGUGAUGGCCUACGACCGGUACGUGGCCAUCUGCAGCCCUCUCCGCUACCCCCUCCUCAUGAGCCUCGGGCUCUGCCUGCGGUUCGCGGCUGGGUCUUGGGCUGGGGGCUUCACUGCCCCUCUCCUGCCCACCGUGCUCAUCUCUCGCCUCCACUUCUGUGGCCCCCAGAAGAUCAACCAUUUCUUCUGUGACUCAGACCCCAUUUUUAAGCUUUCCUGCUCAGACACCUUCCUGGCGGAAGCCUUGGGCUACACCUGCAGCUCUGUGGUGAUUCUCAGCUCCUUCCUUCUCACCAUGUCCUCCUACGGCAACAUUGUGGCCGCCGUGCUCAGGCUGUCCUCCCCGGAGGCCCGGAAGAAGACCUUCUCCACCUGUGCCUCCCACCUCACGGUGGUCACCAUCUACUACGGCACCAUCAUCUUCGCCUACGUCCGCCCUCCAGCCAAGUACAACUUCACCAUCGGCAAAGUCAUCUCCGUGUUCUACUGCGUGGUCACCCCGCUGGUGAACCCGCUCGUCUACACCCUGAGGAACAAGGACGUGAAGAAGGCUUUCAGGAAACUUCUGGCACAGAGGAGAUUCCUGUCGACCAGAAACAGGCAGGAGCUUUGA